AUCUCAUCACCACUACGUGUACAACUAACUACACUUUCUCAUCUCUGUCGACCAUAACCAGGUUCACUCCUGGUUAGAUCUCAUCAGCAGAAUUCAUCUUGAUCAAUACGACACCGUAGUUACCACAAAACACUUCAUCAACAAUGGCUCCUCCGGCUCACUCACAGCGAUCUCCGUCACCGUCUCAACCCUCCGGUAAAAGCGAAGUUUCAGAUUUAAAACAACAACUCCGGCAGCUGGCAGGAAGCCGGUUACCGGGAGUUGACGAUUCGAAACGAGAGUUAUUUAAAAAAGUAAUAUCACACAUGACGAUAGGAAUCGAUGUAUCAUCGUUAUUUGGUGAAAUGGUUAUGUGCUCAGCAACAUCCGACAUCGUUUUGAAGAAAAUGUGUUAUUUAUACGUUGGCAAUUACGCGAAAGGCAAUCCCGAUUUAGCUUUAUUAACUAUCAAUUUUCUGCAAAGAGAUUGUAAAGAUGAAGAUCCUAUGAUUAGAGGACUCGCUUUAAGGAGUUUGUCUUCUCUACGCGUGGCUAAUUUGGUUGAAUAUUUGGUUGGACCUUUAGGUUCUGGUUUGAAAGAUAGUAAUAGUUAUGUUCGAAUGGUCGCUGUUAUGGGAGUUGUUAAAUUGUAUCAUAUUUCCCCUUCUACAUGUAUUGAUGCUGAAUUUCCACCUACGUUAAAGCAUCUGAUGUUUCAUGAUUCUGAUACUCAGGUUGUUGCAAAUUGUUUAUCUGCAUUGCAAGAAAUUUGGAGUGCUGAAGCUAAUACAUCUGAGGAAGCCUUAAAGGAGAAAGAAAAUCUACUCAGCAAAAUGGUUAUUUUCUACUUUUUGAAUCGGAUCAAGGAAUUUAGUGAAUGGGCACAAUGUCUUGUGCUAGAAUUGGUUGCUAAAUAUGUACCCUCGGAUAACAAUGAGAUAUUUGACAUUAUGAAUCUCCUUGAAGAUAGACUUCAGCAUGCAAAUGGAGCUGUUGUUCUUGCAACCAUCAAAGUGUUUCUACAGUUGACCUUGUCCAUGGCUGAUGUGCAUCAAGAGGUAUACGAACGUAUUAAAGCUCCUCUGCUUACCCUAGUCAGUUCUGGAAGUCCUGAGCAAUCUUAUGCGGUUCUGAGCCACCUGCAUCUCUUGGUGAUGCGUGCACCAUACAUAUUUUCCUCAGAUUACAAGCACUUCUAUUGCCAGUACAAUGAACCAUCUUAUGUGAAGAAGUUAAAGCUUGAAAUGUUGACAGCAGUUGCAAAUGAGAGCAAUACAUAUGAAAUUGUAACAGAACUAUGUGAAUAUGCUGCAAAUGUUGAUAUUCCCAUUGCAAGAGAGUCAAUACGGGCUGUUGGAAAAAUUGCGCUGCAGCAGUAUGAUGUGAAUGCUAUUGUGGAUAGGCUUCUUCAGUUUCUAGAGAUGGAAAAGGACUAUGUUACAGCUGAAACUUUAGUUCUUGUUAAAGAUCUACUGAGGAAAUACCCUCAGUGGAGCCAUGACUGCAUUGCAGUUGUUGGGAAUAUCAGCAGCAAAAAUGUUCAAGAACCCAAGGCCAAAGCUGCUCUAAUAUGGAUGCUGGGGGAAUAUUCUCAGGACAUGAGCGAUGCUCCUUAUAUUCUUGAAAGUUUAGUUGAGAACUGGGAUGAUGAACAUUCUGCUGAGGUUCGUUUGCAUCUCCUUACAGCAGUUAUGAAAUGUUUUUUCAAAAGACCACCUGAAACUCAGACAGCAGUAGGAGCUGCCCUGGCAGCAGGACUUGCUGAUUUCCAUCAGGAUGUUCAUGAUAGGGCCUUAUUCUACUACAGGCUAUUGCAGUAUGAUGUGUCAGUUGCAGAACGUGUUGUGAAUCCUCCAAAGCAAGCUGUUUCCGUGUUUGCCGAUACACAGAGCAGUGAAAUCAAGGAUCGUAUUUUUGAUGAAUUUAACAGCCUCUCUGUCGUGUACCAGAAGCCAUCUUACAUGUUCACUGAUAAAGAGCAUCGAGGAGCAUUUGAAUUCUCGGAUGAGCUUGGAAAUUUAUCCAUUGGUGCAGCAUCUGCCAAUGAGGCUGUACCAGCCGCUAAAAUCGAGGCAAAUGACAAGGAUCUGCUUCUGGGUACUUCAGAGAAGGAAGAAAGUAGAGGUGGAGGUAACAAUGGCUCUGCAUAUAGUGCUCCUUUAUUUGAUGUUCCAUCAGUGUCUGCUGCUGCUCCACAAACAGAAGCACAAUCAGAGUCAUUGAUUCCAAACCUUGCAGUACCAGGACAUUCUCCUCAGGCUAGCUUUGCCAUUGAUGAUAUAUUUGGUCUAGGUCUACCAGCAGCACCUGCACCAUCUCCGGCAGCGGCUCCUCCUCCUUUGAAGCUUAAUUCCAGAGCUGCUCUUGAUCCAUCUACUUUUCAGCAAAAAUGGCGCCAACUUCCAUCUUCUGUUUCACAGGAGUAUUCUUUAAGUCCUCAAGGAGCUGCAGCAUUGACAACACCGCAACCUCUCCUUCGUCACAUGCAAGCCCAUUCGGUUCAAUGCAUCGCAUCAGGCGGUCAAUCACCUAACUUCAAGUUUUUCUUCUUUGCACAAAAGGCAGAGGAAUCAUCAUCUAUGUAUCUGGUAGAGUGUAAAAUCAACACAUCAUCAGCGAAAGCACAGAUAAAUAUCAAAGCCGAUGAUCAAAGUACGUCUCAGGAAUUCGCUUCAUUGUUCCAGUCAGCUUUGUCUAAAUUUGGUAUGCCGUGAUUCUCAAUAGAGUUCCCAGCAUAAAAUGGGAUUCUUUUUGUGGGUGGUUUUGUAGUUUCUUGCAUCAAUUAUGGAAAGUGAAAGAUGAAUAAGAAAAAGGGUGUAUUGGUGGUUACUUGUAGAUUAGUGUAUAAUGAAACCAAAAAUUAGGAAUUUUACUUGUAGUCUCUGUCAACAAUCUACACAAGUUUUUCACUUAUGUUGCAAUUGCGGUGGUUUGCACCUGCCUUUUCUUUUCUGGGUAAAAGUCGGUUGCUACUUGUUUGCUA